AUCACUAAAGAUAUUCGAAAAAAGUCAUCAAAUAGAGAAAACAAGGCAGCUGCAGAAAAAAUUGUCGCUCGCAAUAAAUAAACGCGUUGGCUAGGGUCUAAAAAUAAGCAAUUUGGUAAAAUUGUCCUCGCCUUAGUUUGUGAAUCGAACAGUCCUUGGAUCAGUAAGAAAUUCCUUCAAAACGCAAUGGCGCAGAACAUCAGUCCAGAGCAUAGUGGCGUAGACGCUGCCAAGCAAGGCUCCAACUCCUGUGCAGCAAAGCAUGGACAUGCAGUUAGUAAACGACUUCAAAAGGAGCUGAUGAAUCUGAUGAUGGCUACAGAGAAAGGUAUAUCAGCCUUCCCCGAUGGAGAAAAUAUAUUUAAAUGGAUUGGUACAAUUGCUGGCCCAGCCAAUACUGUGUAUAUGGGACAAAAAUAUCGUCUAUCAUUGGAAUUUCCAAACUCAUAUCCCUACGCACCGCCAGCAGUGAAAUUUCUAACACCAUGUUUUCAUCCAAAUGUAGAUCUAGCUGGCUGCAUUUGUUUGGAUAUAUUAAAAGAUAAGUGGUCCGCACUAUAUGAUGUACGCACAAUUCUGCUGUCCAUCCAAUCGCUUUUGGGUGAGCCCAAUAAUGACAGUCCGCUAAAUGCUCAAGCAGCAAUGAUGUGGGCGGACCAAGCCGAGUACAAAAAAUACCUGGAUGCCUUUUACGAAAAACACAAGGACACAUAGAUUCUUACAUCCUUAUAUGAUGAGCUGCUUAGCGAUGGACAUUUUAAUUCUCGCCAGAAUGGUCAAUGUCAACUAGAAAGUGUCUUCGCUGCGUCGUCUCAUAUAACACAUUCAUCCAUUUAGUAGUACACCACCAGACUAUGCAUUAUGAAAUUCAUCUGUAACCGAUUUUAUUUUGUAGUUCAAAAAUGUUUCUACGAUCUGUUGUCAGUUCACUGCCUACGCCGCCACCGUGAGCCUGAGAGCGAACAUAUAAAACAAGUCGUUUACUGAGAGAUAUGCGUUAUUUGUAAGAACAUUUUAAGUAGAUGUAAUUCAAUUUUUUUAAACAAUGCUUUCAUGUAAUUAUUUUGCUAUUAUUUAGUAUUUUAAAGUAUGUUCUUAUCUUAUCCGACAUGGCCCAUCCCAAUUAACUGAAUGACUCUGAUUUAGACAUAUUUAUGUAAAGACGAUAAUUAGGCAGAUAUACAGCGAAACAGUCAAAUAGUUAAAGAAAUAUGUUUAUUUGUUAAUUAUUUGUUUAGUUCUCGUUUAUUUUUGAGAAUUUUACGUUUUAGAAA